UUUGGGUUUUAAAUGCUGUCAUAGCUCAUUUUCGAGCACAAGUUUUGGGAAAUUUCAGAAGGUGAUUUCUUGGCCAUUUUAGGUCCGAAUCAAGUGAUUCAAGAGCCUAUAUUGUGGGGUUUUUCGUGAGGAUCGUCGUGGUGUGAUUGGUUUUGGCUGUUGGAGCUUCAUUUUUGGUAAAAUCUGUGUAUCAACGUUUCGAGGCCUUUUAGAAAGUAAAAGAUCCGGGGAGUGAAUUUUGGAGCGCGCGUGAUCUGCGUUCAGGUCCGAGCACCAGUAGUCAGCGUUGAUCGAGUUUGGAGAAUUUCUGGUCUGGAGACAGGGGAUGGCUCGCACGCGAGGCGGUGCGUUCGGGGGAGAUGCACCCGGAGCCUCAGUUUGGGGUAGACGUCGACCACGAGGUCGAGGUAGGGCUGCAGCACCUGCCCGGGAUAUGGAGGAGGAGCCUCAUGCAGCGCAUGUACCGCCACAGCCAGUGGGGCCGGGGCCCGCCCAGCCACCACCCGCACCGGUUGCAGCACCUGAUCUUCAUUCCCUCUUGACUCAGAUAUUAGCAGCUAUUGGGGAUAUGAGACAGGCACCAGCACCAGCAGUACCAGCACCAGCGCUGCAAGAUCAGCCGCCACCAGUUCAUGUGGCCGCCCCACCAGACUUAGAGGUUAGAGAGAUGCCACUGCGGGAUCAGAAGAUGCUUGGGGUAUUUCAGAGGUUGGCACCGCCUAUAUUCUCAGGGGCGAUUGGAGAGGACGCUCACGAGUUCCUGCUCACUUGCCAGGAGCAGUUACAGUCAUUAGGCCUUUUGGAGUCGAGAGGAGCUGACUUCACCGCUCAUCAGUUCCGUGGGCCAGCCAGGCAGUGGUGGCGCGCGUAUCGAGAGUCUAGGCCAGUUGGAUCUCCUCCUAUAUCUUGGAGCGAGUUCUCAGAGGCUUUCUUGGCCCGGUUCAUGCCACGGAGGGUCAGAGAUAGGCUUCGUGAUCAGUUCUCUAGAUUGAGCAGGGAUCUAUGA